AUGUCCUCCGAUGAAGCCCAGAAACGGGCAAAGGCUACCAAAGCCACAAAAAUCAAAGAUUUCUGUAUCCCAGCAGAUGAUAAUGAUUGGAAUGAGCUUGUUUCGCAGGCUGAGAAUGAGGCAAUCUCAAACGCGGCCGCCAUAAUCCUUCUGCAGAAAUUGUCACACCUCGCCAAAACCAACCUAGAAUGGAUUUUCAAUCGAGUUCACUUUUCAUGCAAGUUUACAAGCAUGACGUACAAUGCUUACACCGACGGAGCUUUGCGGUCAAAGACCACGUCGAAAAUAUUUGGAAUCUUGGAGGUGAAAAAAAGAAUGCGCACGGUGAAUCCAGCCGCCAUCUUCGCCCAAGAGGCCUGCCAGGUCGCGGGGUGGUUAAUGGAAUCAUCCGCAGAGAUGGCUGUUUUCAACAACCAUUACAUGCUGGUUUCGCAAGACAGACAUCAACUUUUUUUGACCUUUGCACCCUUCAACGAAAGCUACGAAAGUUACUUACACAACGGAACUGACACCGACGUGUUUCUCGUCAUGCACACGGUUGGUCCCUUUUCGACAUCCGACGCUCGACAAAUGGCACAAUUCGGGCGCAUUUUUGUCGCCGCUACACUGGUUGCCAAGUCGGCUGCUGCCAACAUUCAUUGA